AUGGAGGGAAUUGUGUCAGAUGUGGCGUCUGACACGGACACGCCACACGGACACGCCACACGGACACGCCACAGAGACACGCCACGGAGACACGCCACACGGACACACCACACGGACACGCCACAGAGACACGCCACACAGACACGCCACAGAGACACGCCACACGGACACGCCACAGAGACACGCCACAGAGACACGCCACACGGACACACCACACGGACACGCCACAGAGACACGCCACACAGACACGCCACAGAGACACGCCACACGGACACGCCACACAGACACGCCACAGAGACACGCCACACGGACACGCCACACAGACACGCCACAGAGACACGCCACACGGACACGCCACACGGACACGCCACACAGACACGCCACACGGACACGCCACACAGACACACCACACGGACACGCCACACAGACACGCCACACGGACACGCCACACAGACACGCCACACGGACACGCCACACAGACACACCACACGGACACGCCACACAGACACGCCACGCCACACAGACACGCCACGCCACACAGACACGCCACACAGACACGCCACGCCACACAGACACGCCACGCCACACAGACACGCCACACGGACACACCACACGGACACGCCACACGGACACGCCACACAGACACGCCACACGGACACACCACACGGACACGCCACACAGACACGCCACGCCACACAGACACGCCACACGGACACGCCACACAGACACGCCACAUGGACACGCCACACAGACACGCCACGCCACACAGACACACCACACGGACACGCCACACAGACACGCCACACGGACACGCCACACAGACACGCCACACGGACACGCCACACAGACACGCCACACGGACACGCCACACAGACACACCACACGGACACGCCACACAGACACGCCACACGGACACGCCACACAGACACGCCACAGAGACACGCCACACAGACACGCCACACGGACACGCCACACGGACACACCACACGGACACGCCACAGAGACACGCCACACAGACACGCCACAGAGACACGCCACACGGACACGCCACACGGACACACCACACGGACACGCCACAGAGACACGCCACAGAGACACGCCACACGGACACACCACACGGACACGCCACAGAGACACGCCACACAGACACGCCACAGAGACACGCCACACGGACACGCCACACAGACACGCCACAGAGACACGCCACACGGACACGCCACAGAGACACGCCACACGGACACGCCACAGAGACACGCCACACGGACACGCCACACAGACACGCCACAGAGACACGCCACAGAGACACGCCACACGGACACGCCACAGAGACACGCCACACGGACACACCACACGGACACGCCACACGGACACGCCACACAGACACGCCACACGGACACGCCCACGGACACGCCACACGGACACGCCACACGGACACGCCACACAGACACGCCACACAGACACGCCACACGGACACACCACACGGACACGCCACACGGACACGCCACACAGACACGCCACACAGACACGCCACACAGACACGCCACACGGACACGCCACACAGACACGCCACAGAGACACGCCACACAGACACGCACACACGGACACGCCACACAGACACGCCACACGGACACACCACACGGACACGCCACACGGACACGCCACACAGACACGCCACACGGACACGCCACACAGACACGCCACACGGACACGCCACACAGACACACCACACGGACACGCCACACAGACACGCCACGCCACACAGACACGCCACACGGACACACCACACGGACACGCCACACGGACACGCCACACAGACACGCCACACGGACACGCCACACAGACACGCCACACAGACACACCACACGGACACGCCACACAGACACGCCACGCCACACAGACACGCCACACGGACACGCCACACAGACACGCCACAUGGACACGCCACACAGACACGCCACACGGACACGCCACACAGACACGCCACGCCACACAGACACACCACACGGACACGCCACACAGACACGCCACACGGACACGCCACACAGACACGCCACACGGACACGCCACACAGACACGCCACACGGACACGCCACACAGACACACCACACGGACACGCCACACAGACACGCCACACGGACACGCCACACAGACACGCCACAGAGACACGCCACACGGACACGCCACACGGACACGCCACACAGACACGCCACAGAGACACGCCACACGGACACGCCACACGGACACGCCACACAGACACGCCACAGAGACACGCCACACGGACACGCCACACAGACACGCCACACGGACACGCCACACGGACACGCCACAGAGACACGCCACAGAGAAACGCCACACGGACACGCCACACGGACACGCCACAGAGACACGCCACAGAGACACGCCACACGGACACGCCACACGGACACGCCACACAGACACGCCACACAGACACGCCACAGAGACACGCCACAGAGACACGCCACACGGACACGCCACACGGACACGCCACACAGACACGCCAGAGAGACAUGCCACAGAGACACGCCACACGGACACGCCACACAGACACGCCACAGAGACACGCCACACGGACACGCCACAGAGACACGCCACACGGACACGCCACACAGACACGCCACACAGACACGCCACACAGACACGCCACAGAGACACGCCACACGGACACGCCACAGAGACACGCCACAGAGACACGCCACACGGACACGCCACAGAGACACGCCACAGAGACACGCCACACGGACACGCCACACAGACACGCCACACAGACACGCCACACAGACACGCCACACAGACACGCCACACAGACACGCCACACAGACACGCCACACGGACACGCCACUCGGACACACCACACGGACACGGACAAAGGAGAGGAACGACCAGAAUGUUCCUCAAACUCAGAGACGUUUAAAAGAUCUCAGAGAAACUCACAAUUUAAAUCAGGAAUCAAAUGUUGAAUUUGAUUAG